CUGCCAACAAAGUACGGCACGUGCCAGGAAAUGGUGGGAUAUGGGACAUCUGGUAUCGUGCAUGUCUCGCAUAGGAGAAAGGAGAAUGGAAUUGGCGAAGAAUUAUACGCGGUGAAGGAGUUCCAGCGUCGGUCGCGGGAGACGGAGGAUGAGUACAUUAGGCGUUUGGCGGCUGAGUUCUGCGUCCUCAGCGAGCUACGCCAUCCAAAUGUGAUCCGCACGCUCGAGCUAUUGACAGAUGUGAAGGGGAACUACUGCCAGGUGAUGGAAUAUUGCGAAGGUGGCGACCUAUUCACGCUGGUGUACUCGGCAGGGAAGUUAGAGGUAGAGGAGGCGGACUGCUUCUUUAAGCAGCUGAUGCGCGGCAUCGAGUACCUGCACGAGAUGGGUGUAGUGCAUCGCGAUCUCAAGCCAGAAAAUCUGCUGCUUACCAGGCAUGGCAGACUCAAGAUCAGUGAUUUCGGCAACAGCGACUGCUUUCGCAUGGCUUGGGAGAAUGAUGUCCAUCUUAUGUCUGGGUUAUGCGGUUCAGGACCAUAUAUCGCUCCAGAAGUGUAUACAGAUCAGGAAUACGAUGGCCGUGCGGUCGAUGUUUGGGCUUGCGGUGUCAUUUAUAUUGUCAUGCGUACCGGGGGCUACCUUUGGCAUGAAGCCAGGAAGGACGGGGAUGAGAUCUUUGCACAAUAUCUCAAGGAUCGUCGUCAAGAGGAAGGUUUUAGCCCAAUUGAGUCAUUGAACCCAUUAAGCUGCCGGGAUGUCAUUUACUGCAUGCUAGAUCCGAAUCCGCUUCGCCGUAUCACGGCAUCACAAGUCCUGCGGUCGCAAUGGGGUCAAGAAAUACAACUUUGUCAGGCGGCCUUCUAG